ACCCCAUCAAAGCAUUCCACGAAUGUGGACACUGCUGUCCCAGUGGUACCUGUUCCAGCUGUUGUAAAUCGGCCGCAAAUCGCCACAAAUUCUACCGAACCAAAUGCAACUCCCAAAAAUUCCUCUGUUCGACUACUUCUUAACUCGAAUUCCGACACUCAUUUGCCAGUUCAACAGCAAUUUACUUUUUUUUCAAAUGCCCGACUUCAAUUAAAUGAGCAAACAUCUGAUCGACCUAUUGUCAUAAGUUCUACUGUUACUUCUAUGAAAAAAUCGGAUUCUGAUGUGAAAAGCGCAACCGGUGAAUCAAAUCCAACUCAUUUCAAUCCCAUAAUUAUUAAUCAACAGAAAUCAUCUCAUCAGAUUAUGCCCCUUAUGCAAAAUACCGAUGUUAAAAAUUUAAACCGAUUUGCAUCAAAUUUACCAACCAUCAUACCAAAUUCAAAUUCAAGUGCGCGGCUUGUGUCAAUCGAUUCCUCAAAUCACCCUUCACCUAAUCUUUUGACUACUCUCCGGCCUGGUAAAAGGGAUGUGAUGUCUUCCCUUUCUACUGUUCAAGUUUGCUCCUCGGGUAAUCUGACUACUACUGAAUCAGUAACAAUGAACAGUUCUGGAGGCGAAUCGAUUUUAAAAGCAUCUAGUCUUGUUUCUCAUUCAACCGUCCCGUCAACAGAAUCCAAUCAGUCCGCUCCCCUUAUCUCAGUAGUUCCCGUUGAACCUUCGCGAUCAAAUUUCCAACCAUCUACCACCUCUAUCAGACCUGCACAAAGAUUUCCUAUUGCAGUCGCACCAAAUCGACCUAAUGCUACUGGAAUUCUUAUUAACCGCCCUACGACAAUCUCCCGACAUCCUAUUAUUGCGCCUGUAUCUCCUUUAAACUCCUCUACUUUAAAUCCUAUUCGAAAAAGAGCACGUAAGCAACAACUUUUGGUACCACAAGGUACAGAAAUAACUAAUUCUUCGGCACCCUCUGGCCAGAAUGUUGUCAGCUUUGUGGAAAUGUCAAGUAGUUCGUCGACAAUUGACAAAUCAAAGGCGCUUAGUUCAUCAGUAUCAUCAACACCAAAUAUAGAAGCAGCCUUACAUGCUGCAAAUUCAUUGCCCAUUGUGAACGUGGCGGGUUCUAGCAGCGUUGUUACAGGAGCUACCUCUCAGGUAAUGAAUGUCCGCCUUUACCCAUUAAGAAGUGGGGCUAGUGGAAAGGAAGGUGUAGGUGGAUCACAUUUUGAACAAGCUUCCUUCUCGACAUCCUCUGUGAAUUAUUCACAAUUUCACAGUCUUGUUGUUAGUUCAUCAUCGGUUAGUGCAGGUAACGAGGAUUUCAAUGCUGGUGCUCAGUCUACGGCAACUAUUUCAUCCACUACUUCUCCAGCUGCGUCUUUAGUUACUGCGUCUUCUUUCCCCUCCUCUCCUUCCACUGGGCAAACCUCCAUGUACGUGUUUCCAUCAUCAACAGUCACGCAAAUGCCCUCAUUACGACCCAAUACCGUUACAGCUACGACAGUAAAUCCUUCUAGUGGUAACGUCCUUCAAGUUCGUUUCAGGCCACAAACUGUACGAACUGUGCUGAGUCCUUCUGUUACAAACAAUUCUUCGACGGGUUGUGUUCAGCCUUCUCCGCCUGCCUCAAGCAAAAAGAUUGAAUUGAAUACUUCAUCUGGAAUGAAAUCCAUCACGACGAUAAAUGUUGAGGAAAUCGCUCGAAAAGAGCCUGCAAAGCCUGCCACUCCUAUGGAUGCAAGUGCACAACCAACAGUGCCCAUUGUGCGUGUUCCUGAUCCGAAUUCGAGGAACUCCUCUGUUUCGACUCAACAGCCGCAGCAACAAUUAAAGAGACCUCGAAAACAGAGUAAUAGUGUUAGUGGAAUUAAAAAGCAAUGUACUUGGGAACUUCUAACUGAUCCCCUUGAUUCAAGUAAAAGUGUUUGGCGAUCACCGCAUCAACUGCAGCAGGACAACACGUCCGUCCAACAACAAUCAAGUUCCCAAACAUCAGCAGCAUUUGUGGACCCUGAAUCGGUUCUGAAAGUUGAGGUUAUCGAAACUGAUUCAACAAUUCGUGGCAUACCAAGGCGAAUGCAUCUUUACAAAUCCAAAGGUAAUCAGGACCAAUGUCAAAAACGUGGCCAGUCUAGCAGUGGCACUACUGCUCCAGGUUUUUAUAAGGGAUCUAAAGCGCAUCACUUCCUUCGACUUGCUGAACUCAAAUUCCGCUCAUUGGAGAGUGGUCGUACUCAGCUUUCUAUAAAUUCUGCUAUCGCUAGAAGUGAAUCUCCUAGCGCUGUGCGAAGCAAGGGACUACGUGAUACUAUAGGUGUUUCUUCUGGUCAACCUUUCAAUGAGAACGAAGAUGUGCAAACUAUCCGUGAUAUUUUGGAUUCACGAAGUCUUCAAGAUGAGUUCAAAUAUGUAAACAACCCUGUAGACACUACUUCGACACUUGAUCUAACCUGUUGGCGACUACAUCUAUGUCUAAGGAAUUGCGAAGCAAUGAUGGUUAGUGAAGGUAUCAAUUUUGGUAAAAUUAAUUCAGCUCUUGAUCGAGCAUUCCCACGUAAUCGUGCUGAAAGCAUAGAUUGUCCCGAGGUGCCCCGGUUACUCUGUAACUCAUUAACAGAUCAAGCGCAUCAGAACCUCCUUGCAGAAAUCUUCCUUCAAGCCAUACCACCCGCUUCCCCUGCUUUUCUUUCCAAAGAGUCUUUAAACCAUUUUGAUGAAGACGAUAAGAAGAUCUCUGUAGUCCAUACCAAAGACAUUGAAGAACGAACACGUGCACUCAUUCAAAGAGUUAAAACGUUAGUUGACGGUAUGAAGAGAAUAAAGGACUUGUCUAAUGAACUGCUAACCGAACACGCGGACUUUGUUCAGAGUUUUGUGGAGCAGAUCGAAUAUUUGCGUCGAAGUGAUUCUAAUCAUCCACCAUCCUCCCUAUCUCUUAAUAAUUCUUCACCUAAUGUCGAUGGUCAGGAUUCUAAUGGCGAUGAUAGUAACCCAUUUCAAGAUGGGGACGAUUUGCUAGCUUCACCUCAUCCUCCUACUUCGAAGCAUCUUCGUUCUCCUUCCGCUUCUCAAAAGGGGACUUCACCUGCUCGUGUGGCUGCUUUUCAUAAUGGACGUCGAAGGUGA